AUGAGGUACAAAGCAAUCUACCACCAUCGAGUCGCUUUCAAACGACGAUACGAAACCUUUCAUCGCCGCAUGUCUCGCGUCCCAUCCGCAAUCGCCACCUUGAAAGCUCGCCGACGCACUCGGCAACCGCUCUCACCGCAAAACCGGAACCCUCUCUUCCCAGUGUACAGAGAGGCGAUGGACGUGUGGAACAGGAGCGUGAUCGUGGACCAGAACCUCGGGCUCCGGAACCCGGCCAUCGACUCCAUCGCCUCCCUCUGGGGAAAUCUCUUCGGGAGCCUCCCCUCCGAGGAGAACGGGGAGAAGGCGCCGAGUGUGGAGUGCGGGCGCCAGAACCCGAGGUGGGCCGUGCCUCAGAGGAUCGUGGGGGGGAAGCCGGCCGUCCAAGGGGAGUUUCCGUGGCAAGUCUCCUUGCAGAGGAAGUAUGUCUUCUACACGGCACACUUCUGCGGAGGUGCCCUGGUCAACGAUCGCUGGGUCGUCACUGCAGCGCACUGCGUCUCAUCUAAAGUCCCCGGCUUGAGCGUCGUCGUCGGGGACCACGACCUUUCCGCAAGAGACGGGUCAGAGCAGCAGCUGAGAGUGAAGAGAAUCGUCCUGCACCCGAGAUGGAACUCGCGGACGCUCGAGAACGACAUCGCCCUCUUGGAGUUGGACCGAGGAGUGAACGUGAGGAGCCCGUACGUGGGGCCCAUCUGCCUCCCGACCCAAGGGGAAUCCUUCUCCGGUAGGCGAGAGUCCGAUGCGAUUCGACGGUCGGGAUUUUCCACACGCUUUCUGCGCGAGUUUUCUUCUCUAAGGAGGGAAGGGGAAGAUGAAUUGCGGUCGGGAGAACUCGAAUGA